AAAGGUUGGUCCUAUGGUCUCUGGUCUUCCAUUUUUCAUUGGACACCACCUCUGCCUACUAUUGUCGUGGGUGCCCACUAGCAGCUUUUUUGUCUUCUCCUUUUUUUCGAUCCCUUCUCUCAUUUUUCUUUUAAAAUUUCAAUAUUGCUCUGUUUCUCCUCUGUUUUUUUUCCUAUCUGCCUCUCUGGCUAUGUUUCUGUGUGUGUUAUUGUUUUGCAUAUAAAUAUUUUGAUAGGGUAGUAAUCUUCUUUUUCCUCUCUCUCUCUCUCUCUCUCUCUCUCUCUCCUCUCAUUUCCCCUUUCCACCCUCAACAGUAAUGAUUUUCUCGUUACGGGUAUCGUUGUUGAGGAAUCUGAGGAGAGCUACUUGUCCUGGUUGUGAAAAAGAGGCAGUUAUACAAGUAGCCUUGGUUGAAAAACAAGUCGUAGAAAGGAGGAGGAUUAGAAGAAGAGGAACAAACAGAAUCCCAAGUGCACGAGUGUGUUUGUGUUUUCAUUGAUGUGAUCUUUGGAAAUAAAAGACUAAAUCUUUCUUUAUUUCUCCGUAUUUGGGUUCUGGGUUUUUCUCUUUUUGUUUGAUUAGCCAUCUUUUUUAUUUCCCUUUUCUUGCUUUUGUUUGGGGUGUUUGUCUUUGUUGGUUUGUUUGUUCUGAUGUCUCAACCAAGGCAAUUUCAGAUGGUGGGUAGUAACAUUAAUAAUCCUGGCCAAUACAAUGACACAACUUUCACCAAAAUCUUUGUUGGUGGGUUGGCUUGGGAGACUCAGAGGGAGACUAUGAGAAGGUAUUUUGAACAGUUUGGAGAGAUCUUAGAGGCUGUUGUGAUUACAGAUAAGAACACUGGGAGGUCCAAGGGUUAUGGAUUUGUUACAUUUAAGGAUUCAGAGGCAGCCAUGAGAGCAUGUCAAAAUCCAUCCCCUGUGAUUGAUGGAAGGAGGGCAAAUUGCAAUCUUGCAUCUCUUGGUGCACAAAAGACUCGUCCCCCAACUCCUCAUCAGCAGCAUGGUGCAGGAAGGUUCAGACCAGCACAUGGGUUGGUGGCUCCACCUGCUUAUCAUGGCUCUUCAUCACCAUACUUCCAUCAACCAACUGGUCAAUACACAUUUCCUUAUUCAGCUUAUGGGUACACUGGAUAUUCACAAGAUUCCAUGUAUCCCAUGAAUUAUUAUAGUGUUUAUGGUGGUCAACAAUUCUCACCUUAUUACACCACAACUGGGGCAUCAGGGCCAACUGGCAUGUACCAAAAUGUCUACCCAUUAUAUGCUCAGUAUGCACAGAGCAGUAGCCAGGCUCAUGGUCUUGGAGUUCAAUAUCCCCAAAUGGUACAGUACCCAUAUUUGCCUCAUCAGCCUUAUGCUGCUGGUUCCACAGCUGGGAUUCUCUCUCUUCCUUCUUCAAUGCCAAUUACCACCACCACAACUACCACCACAGGUACAACAACAGCAGCAGCAACUGGUGCUGGUGCUUCUUCACAAGCCUCUGCAGCCAAUUCUGAACAGAAUUCUUCAACUUAAAUGUCUACAGAGAGAGAAAAAAAAAACAAUGUCUUCUUUACAAGGCUAACCACAUUGAUAAUGGGUUACAGAGUCAAAGUGCAAAAGGGAAGGGAAAA